GUUCUGAGAGCGAUUACAGCCUGCAACCUGGUUCCCUGUCACUCGAACCAAUUGGGCCUCGUAAUCAUCGACGCAUGGAUGCAAUUGUUUUUAUUUAAAUGCUACUCAAUUGCUCCCUUGAGAUAGAGCAUCUCGUUUGCAAGGGCAGUUCGGGGACGCACAAUUCGCGGUGCUUUGCAGUACUGCAGUUGUACUGCAGAGAGCGUGUGUACCGAGGAGCACGAGUGCUGCCGUCUGUGUUGAGCAGGGAGACCGGGGGCCUGCGGUGCGGAUGCAGGGCGACAGGGGAUGAUGACGCGCCAUUGUCUAUGACACCGCGGAAGUGACACGCCGCAUGAGAAGUACAUCGCUCGUAAUCGCCAUCAUCACGGCGCCAAUACGAGUACUGAAGAGAAGAUAUAACUGGUUUAAAGCGAGGGUCUGUGCUGUUAUAACGGUGUCUGCGCGUUAACCCCGCGCCAUCACGGGGACGUCGCCCGCCAGGGUGCACCACCUGCCUCGAGGAGCCGCAGUCCCCGCGCUCAUCGCGCCCGUGAGGGUCUCCUGUGCUCCUCUCUCUGGCCGCUGCUCUCAACUCGGAUUCCUCCCCUCUCUUUCCUGUCCUCUGUGCUCUCCGCGCUCUCUCCUCUCCACGCGGAGUCGCCACCUCUCCCCGCGGGGCCAUGGCGCGGUGCGAGGAGAAGGCGCCGCCCUUCUUCGAGAGCCUGGGCGAGGCGGCGCGGGAAGUCUUCACCAAGGGCUACGGCUUCGGGCUCGUCAAACUGGACUUCACGACCAGGGCGGCCAGUGGAGUGGAAUUCAACACCCGCGGGGCAUCCCACACGGACUCGGGCCGAGUGAGUGGCGCCCUGGAGACGCGGUACAGCUGGCCCGAGCGCGGCCUGCGCCUCGUCGAGUGCUGGAGCACGGACAACUGCCUGGGCACGCGCAUCUCGGUGGACGACCAGUUGGCAAAGGGGCUGCAGUUGGUUUUUGACACAAGUUUUUCUCCAAACACUGGCAAGAAGACUGGGCUGGUGAAGGUUCUGUAUGCACGACCAUUUGUUUCGGCCACAACGGACGUGGAUGUGUCCUUGGGAGGGCCCAUUGUGGCCAGCUCCGUGGUGCUCGCAGCUCGAGGCUGGCUCGCUGGGUACCAUAUGGGGCUCGACGUUGGCAAAAGGAAGAUCACUUCUAACCGCAUUUCGCUGGGAUACAUGACCGAGGACUUCCAGCUUCUUACCAACGUAGUUGACGGAGUGGAGUUUUCGGGUUCCUAUUUCCAGCGUGUGAGCGAACGCCUCGACACGGCUGUGCGUCUGGCCUGGAGUGCUGGUGCGCCCCACCCACGCUUCACUUUGGGGGGCACCUACAAGAUUGACCAGAAUGCGUCCGUGUCGGGGAAGAUGAACAGUGCAAGCCUGCUGGGACUGAGCUACACACAAGCCCUGCGGCCUGGAGUGAAACUGAGUCUCUGUGGACUACUCGAUGUAAAGAAUAUCAAUUCUGGCGGUCACAAACUUGGGCUGGGACUGGAGCUGGAGGCUUAGUCUCGUCAUGGCUGGAGGGCACGUGCGUGAUGCACACGUACAUGUACACGCGUGCGAUGCGGGUUCCGACACAGGGCUCAUAUUUGCACGUUAAGGAGUUUUGCACAUGUAUAUAUACUCCUUGCAAUUAGCACAUUUGGCUACAUAUGAUUUGAAAGCAUUUCAACAUGCAUACACAUGUAUAUGUGGAGACAGGAGACGCUAAUCUCUGUCGAUACACUACAGUUAAAAAAUGUUAUAAUGUGAAUAAUUGCACAGUUUAUAUAAAUUAUUUGUUUCUGGAACUGAUAUCAAUCUAUGUAUAAAGGCUACAAAUGUAAACUGAUGCGAAAUCAAAUAUAACAUUCCUGUGCACGAUAAUAAAUGUCCAAACGUGUUAAAUCUGGGGCGAUUGUACAUUAAAAACUAAACGGUUUUAGUGAAUUGUGCAAGGUUAUGUGAUUGCAGUAUAUGGAAUUGUGGGAAUGUUAGCUGUUCCGCAGUGGCUCGUCUUUCACAGUGUUGUGAUGAGCAGUGUAAACUAAACCUCCAAAAGUGGUCUCCACUGUCGGGUGAAUGGCUACCCACACCAACACCCCGCUCGGUGCUGCUGCUAUAGUGGACCUCGCACCCGCAAACGUGGUCCUCACUCCGUCUCUCAUUGGACAUAUUCACAGGCUUGCUGCCUCAGUAUAAAUCCAAGUGUGCAUUUCUCCGUGCUUGGCACACUUUCCAAGUUGUGUUUUGUUGGCAGUAUCUAUGUUUGUGAUCCACACUUAAUAGGAAAUUCGGUGAAGAAACCUUGUAAAUUCAUGUGCUGCUGUAUACUUUGUGGCGUGGUCUCAAAGCACUGGCUGCUGCUGUCCUUGCAUUAAAGCAUUUAUCCGACAAGCAUUGUCUUGCCAAAUUCU